GCAGAGGGGGCGUGGUGAUGGAAAGGGCGGGGUCUGGGCGCCAGCGGAUGAUAAAACCGGGCGCCGGCAUCCGCGUUGCUGCCGCUGACCUUCGCGUCUCCUCCGGUACCGGCUGCUGCCUGCUCUCGCCAUGGCGCCCAGGAAGUUCUUCGUGGGGGGCAACUGGAAGAUGAACGGUGACAAGAAGAGUCUAGGCGAGCUCAUCCACACGCUGAACGGCGCCAAGCUCUCCGCCGACACCGAGGUUGUUUGUGGAGCCCCCUCCAUCUACCUUGACUUUGCCCGUCAGAAGCUUGAUGCCAAGAUUGGAGUUGCAGCACAGAACUGUUACAAGGUACCAAAGGGUGCUUUCACAGGAGAGAUCAGCCCAGCAAUGAUCAAAGAUAUUGGAGCCACGUGGGUGAUCCUGGGCCACUCUGAGCGAAGGCAUGUUUUUGGAGAGUCUGAUGAGUUGAUUGGGCAGAAGGUGGCUCAUGCUCUAGCUGAGGGCCUUGGAGUCAUUGCCUGCAUUGGAGAGAAACUGGAUGAGAGAGAAGCUGGCAUAACUGAGAAGGUGGUUUUUGAGCAGACCAAGGCCAUUGCUGAUAACGUGAAGGACUGGAGUAAAGUGGUUCUUGCCUAUGAGCCAGUUUGGGCUAUUGGAACUGGUAAAACUGCAACUCCCCAACAGGCUCAGGAAGUCCAUGAGAAGCUGAGGGGGUGGCUGAAGAGCCAUGUGUCUGAUGCUGUUGCUCAGUCAACUAGGAUCAUCUAUGGAGGUUCAGUCACUGGCAGCAACUGUAAGGAGCUGGCCUCUCAGCAUGAUGUGGAUGGCUUCCUUGUUGGUGGAGCUUCUCUCAAGCCAGAGUUUGUGGAUAUUAUCAACGCCAAACACUGAAGCAGCCUGUGAGGAGCAGUCCCUUGUGGUUCAGAGCAAGAAAUGGAAGCAAGAAGGGACCUUUCAUUGCACACGUCUCAGUACAGAGUCCUCCUGAGGCUUUCCUCCUUCACAGUCAUUAUUCUAGCUGUGCUGCUAACCCCCACCACCAUGUUGGAGUCCUGUUAGUGGGAGCCUGUCUCAGCAGAGCCUUGACAGCCUCCUCUCUGAAUUAGCAAAAUCCUCAGUUGCCUGUUGACCUGUAAGAGCCCACAGUCAACCUGGCCAGUGCCCUCCCCUUUCUCUGCAGUGUUGUGGGGAGAGGGGGCCACUGGUGCUGGGGGAAGGAAAAAGGAACUACAGUCUCUUGCCUCCUUCAGCUCCAUCAGCAAGGAGCCUGUCAGCUUAGACCCUUGUGAGAUGUCUUACCUCACCUGUGUCCUGUACUGAACAAUAAAUGAAAACAAAAGCAAA